CUUGAAGCCGCCGUAACUCGGCGCGUCCGAUGCUGAACGAGAAACGGCUCCAAGAUCACACACUGGCGGACGGGGAACGUAAUGGUAGCGCCGUGGUCGCUGGCCCGGCGCUCUCAUCGUCGUCGCCGUCGUGCAUGGUGCCCUACAUCGGCACCGACCAGGGCUACGUGUUCGAGGGUGGCGGCACGACGACGUUGCAGCAGCUCGGUGCAGUCGGUGCUACCGCGACCGGCUGCACCGGUGGCGGAGGAGGUUUUGGAUUCGGUGCGUCGACGGGUAGCUCGGGGGGUGGGUUGGGCGGAGGGAUGGGACUCGGAGGAGUCGGUACCGGAGGAGCCGCGGGGAUUGCGGGUAUGGGUGGUGGAGGAGGAGGAGGAGGUGGUGCUGGAGGAGCGGGAGGGGGUGGAAGUGGUGCAGGAGGAGGAAGCGCGAACAAGGAGGUCCGUUACGUGCUCUCGUCGUCUGUAGGACCGGUCGGUACCGUGGUGCCGGUAAACCUGCCGUCUCUACCGCCGCCGCCGCCGCCGCCGCCGCCACCGCCGCCGCCGCCGCCCCUGCCGCUGCAGAUGCAGCAGCAGCGUGCCUUCUCGAGGUCGAUGACGUCCCUACCGCCCGAGCCGUUCAUGAUCAUGCGGUCGAAGGCGCUGAACCGGCGCGUCUCGAUCAACGUUGGCGGCGUCAAGCACGAGGUGCUCUGGCGCACCCUCGAGCGUCUGCCGCACACGCGCCUAGGCCGGCUGCGGGACUGCAACACCCACGAGGCGAUCACCGAACUCUGCGACGACUAUUCUCUGAUCGACAACGAGUACUUCUUCGAUCGUCACCCCAAAUCCUUCAGCUCGAUCCUCAACUUCUAUCGCACCGGCAAGCUCCACCUGGUGGACGAGAUGUGCGUGUUGGCGUUCAGCGACGACCUCGAGUAUUGGGGUGUCGACGAGCUCUACCUCGAGAGCUGCUGCCAGCAUAAGUACCACCAGCGCAAGGAGAACGUGCACGAGGAGAUGCGCAAGGAAGCGGAGUCGCUGAGACAGCGCGAGGAGGAGGAGUUCGGCGAGGGACAAUGCGCCCAGUACCAGAAAUGGCUCUGGGACCUCCUGGAGAAACCCACCACGUCCAUCGGUGCAAGGGUGAUAGCUGUGAUAUCAAUACUCUUUAUUGUGCUUUCGACGAUCGCACUAACUCUCAACACCAUUCCUAGUAUGCAAGUGAAUGAUGAGAAGGGGAACUUAGACAAUCCGCAGCUCGCUAUGGUGGAGGCCGUGUGCAUCACGUGGUUCACCCUCGAGUACAUGCUUAGGUUCAGUGCCUCGCCGGACAAGUGGAAGUUCUUCAAGGGCGGUCUUAACGUGAUCGAUCUGUUGGCGAUACUGCCGUACUUCGUAUCUCUGUUCCUGGUCGAGACGAACAAGAACGCGACCGACCAGUUCCAGGACGUGCGCAGGGUAGUGCAGAUCUUUCGUAUAAUGCGGAUCCUGAGGAUCCUGAAGCUGGCCCGCCACUCGACCGGGCUGCAGAGCCUCGGCUUCACCCUACGUAACUCGUACAAGGAGCUGGGCCUGCUGAUGCUCUUCCUGGCGAUGGGUGUCCUCAUAUUCUCGAGCCUCGCCUACUUCGCCGAGAAGGAGGAGCCCGGGACCAAAUUCAUAAGCAUUCCAGAGACCUUCUGGUGGGCGGGCAUCACUAUGACCACCGUCGGAUACGGCGACAUCUACCCCACGACCCCGCUCGGCAAGGUGAUCGGCAGUGUGUGUUGUAUAUGUGGUGUCCUGGUAAUCGCGUUGCCCAUUCCCAUUAUCGUCAACAACUUCGCCGAAUUCUACAAGAAUCAGAUGAGACGAGAGAAGGCUCUCAAGAGGCGGGAGGCCCUCGAGAGGGCCAAGCGGGAGGGCAGCAUCGUGUCCUUUCAUCACAUCAACCUGAGGGACGCCUUCGCCAAGAGCAUGGAUCUCAUCGACGUCAUCGUCGACACCGGUCACAACAUAUCCGGUGUAGACGGCAAUAGCACGGAAGGAGAUUCCGCGUGCGGCCGCGGGCCCACACAAACCGGGGCUGGUUGUUACCGCAAUUACGAACAUUACAGCACCCUGCGGCACCGGCGCAGCGCGUCGAACGCCUGCUUCUCGAAUCUACCCGCCGACCUGCCUACCACGCCUGACAGUCCGAAUCGCCGGCUCCUCGACUUCGCCCAGAGUGUGCCGGGUACCCAAAAUGACGAUUAUUACCAGGACGAGGUGCCAGCCCAACAUGCCAAUCAGGGCAACACGACACCCAGCGAUGAAGAGAAAAAAGACAGCAGAAAAUUCGAGAAAAUUGAUGAAAUACCUAGCGAAUUCGAGUGUUGCUUUUGUACCACGAAGGAAUACAAAGACUUCAGGGACGCGGAGAACAUAAUGCCACUGGCCACCAGCGACUUUCGUAAUCCAGUAUGUCAGGAAAUGAGGUCCCUCAGGUUCAACGCAAUUGGCGGCGGCGGCGGUGGCGGUGGUAGCGGCGGUGGCAGCGGUGGCGGAGGCAGCGCAGGUGGUGGAGCGGCAGGUGGAGGAACAGGAGGAGCGGGAGGCGUUGGUGGCGGAGGUAGUGGCGCGGAACAAUUAGGUUUAUCGUUGGUGGAGUCGAGGACGUCGCCGAUUCAGCCGCCGGAGACACUGAGCUACGCGAGGACCUACAACGAGCAGGGCAGCUACACGAAGGCGGCGUACAACGAGCAGGGAAGCGUCGACAGUUCGGACACGUACGCGAGCUGUCAGACGCAUCCGUCCCAUUCGCAGGGCGAUCUGACCGAGGAAGCGGACAGCAAUCUUUACGUGAAUCCAUUGGAGGCGACGGAGAAGUGCAGGACUGCGCGAGUGAAAAAGUCCAUCUCCGGCGAAGUCGGCCGCAGCGUCACCACCGACGUAUCGCCCAGCAUCGAAUCCCUGAAAGAAAUCCGGCCUUCUAACGAGGUCAGCAAAGUCACCCUGAACGACGCCAUACCUAAGCAUAGGAAAAUAAGGAUCCAACAGAGCGCAAAGCUACGGACGCAAUACGUCAGCGACCAGGACAGCGCAGUAUUGGUGCGCGGUAUUCUGAAAGAUGACACCACGGAGGACAAUAACAACCAUUACGGAGGACUGCGCGGCGGCAGACCUUCCGCGUACGCGCCGACGAAUAGCCUGGCAUCCGCCACGCGCAUCAUCAAUCAUCACUUGUUCGGAUCCAUCGGCAGGCCCAAGCAUCACGCGGGAACAAGCGGCGACAGCAAGCUUUCGCUAUCGGCGGACUCGAUAGACAGCGAGGGCGCGCCGUUCAUGGAUCGCUACCGAGUAUCGAAAUCGAUCCUGAAGAAGUCCGACAGCGGCAAUAAUUACUAUAGCAACACCGGCGAUUCGGACACCGAGAAGCUCAUCACGGACAGCAUGUCUACGACGAGCGUAUGCGACAACGAGACAAGCAUAUGCGACGCCUUCGUCAACGCAAACGGCACGCGCGUGCGGAAGCGCCCGGUAUCGCCGUUGCUCUCGCGACAAGUCCUCGAAUCGAUAUUCCGCACCAACAAUAACACCGAGAGAGAGAACACGAGCGACGAGGGUGUCGCGAAGACAUCAAAGAUCCUGUUUGGUGACGUUGCUGAAGAAGAGAAACACGCGCGCGACGAAGUGGUGGUGGAGAAACAGAAUAAGGAGCCGCCGGAGGAACAGCCGCGACGGCCAAAGGUGCGCAUGCAAGAGGAGCCUAAAGACAGUCAAGCCACAUUAAUAUUACGUUCGUACAAAACAAAGAAGUCCACGUCGGACGAAAGGAGGAAAACUGGCGGCAAGUCUUCAAGCGCGCACGGCUGCACGACUUACAAGAGUUCGGACGCGCAUUGCUUGCCGCAGCAGUAUCGUUUCUCGUCGUAGUGUUUCUCUUCCUCCGCUUCAGCAGCAACAGCCAACAGCACUCUCCUUUGCUAUUACGCGCUCUGUUACGAGCACAGUCGCACGUCGUCGUCGAUCGAUCAGCCAACGAUCGAUCGGUGGAUGCGCGCUUGCGGAGCCGUGUAAUAGCUCAUCAUCGUCUGUGCCUGAUAAUUCCGUUACCUUCAGUGUCGGUUGCAUCGACAGUCUCGGUCAAUUAACCGUGGUGGUACGCCGAUGGAGUCCUGAUUAAUUAACUUCGUCGUCCCGUGCCUAUGUCCUCUCCGUUCUCUGGGAAACAAUCCCGAUGUACUUUCCCCGAUCGCGACCGCGGACGGAAGAGGAAAAGAAUAAAUUAAUUAACCACGAUGCGCGGUGCAAUCGACUCUUAGAUAUCAAGAGAAGAAAGAAACGAAUCGAGUAGCAAUUGCGAAGUUUGAUCAACAGUCAUCAAUAUCGAAAACAUCGAGGAUUAGAUCUUUUUUUUCUAUUCGAGUUAUCACGAAUCAUCGUAGAUGAUAUGCGUAUUAUAAAGCGAGCGUUUAAAUUGAACACUUCUGAGACAGGAUUCCCAAAACAAGCCGAGAACCAAGUUCUCGUGGAUAUCGACGGUCUCGCGAACUUCGACUCCCGCGAGUCGAGGUUGUCCGGUCACGCUCACUUGCUCUCGUCGCACGUAUAAUCGCAGCAUUGAAUGCGUCAAAACGUUCACCGCGUCGAGAUUCUCAUACGCUUAAAUGCACGACCGUCGAUCUCAGAGGUGGAUACCUGCGAUAUUCAACGACAAAUGAUACCGCAUACGCAUGCCAAUGUAACGAAUCAAAAGAAGUGGCACUUGAUCCGCUCGUGCUGUUUGAAAUGACGACGGCGGUGGCACACGUCGUCGAUGUGUUUCAUCCGGAAAAUGCUAACGAUCGUGCUUUCUACGAGAGGGUAGAACGAAAGGGAAAAGGAGAAAAAUAAAUAGAGAGGGAGAGAGAAGAGAAGAGAGAGCGAGUGUACUCGUAAAUUGCAUCGCAGUUUGAUCAGCGAUGUCGCAAAUCCGAGAAGCUUCGAAUCGCACCCGCGAGUUAUCAUCUUCACGGCGAAGAAGUUUUCACGAUCGACCGUGAUUUUACCUCCGUUAGAGCUGCGCGUAUCCCGCGCCCCGGGGCUUUCUCCGCGAUGAGUCCGAGCCAUGCGCCCCGACUCUAGUCUUAUAGAUGUUCAUCGGUGAAGUAACAUAUCUGCAACAUGGCAUUUCUAGUUAUUGUUAUAGUAGUCGUAGAGGAAAAAGUAAAUAAUAAGGAUGUUUGUUUUCGAAGAAUUUCUGCAUUAGUGCUAUAAAGUUAGAGCGAAACAAAUAUACUUUCUUUCGCUCGAACUUAUUGCAAUAGAAGUUGCUCGAAAACGAACAGACCUAAUGUACAAUCGUAUCGCACACAUCAUGGGCGGCAAAAGCCUACGGCGCGGCCUGUUGUUACGCCGAUGUUCUAUAAAUCGAGUCUCAAGUAUUUUCUACCACAUUCGUAAACUUGCUUCCGCUGCGUAUGCGCGCGUUCACACGGCUCACAUUCGAAGGAUAAUCGUUUUCCGAAUUGUUGCCGCGUUCGUUCCGUAGUUUGAACGACGAGCGGGGGCUGUCGCGCGGGUGAACCGGAAAGGGUGUGCGAUUGUUCGAUACUGCUUUAAUCGAGGAAAACGGGUGACUUAUCAAAUGUAAAUUUAAAUCGCAUAUUUUUACGGCAGAGAAGGAGUCUCACCUCGAGAACAGGUAUCCUCAGUAAAUCACAGUAAAUCGGAUCGUCCUAACGAGGAGGAGGACCACGAGGAGCGAAAAGCCUCCGAGACCAGCGUGAUAAAUCGCAUCAGUCGUUAAUUAAUCCGAUCGCGAGACGCACGAUCGCGCUGAGAGAGUAAUCUCCAGUUAGCGCAUCCUUUCCCAUUCACGGGCGUAGCCCGCGUCGUUUGCGUACCUGUUAUUCAGAGUCGGAUACCUUAUGCCGCUUAGGGUCUCUAAGUAAACGAAAUCGAUGUCUUCUGCGAGCUAAUGUAGUCGAAUGUAGGAAGUUCCUAGACUGUGUAAGAGAGAAUGAUCUAUCGUUUAUUAUCAUAUAACUGCAAUUAGAGCAACAGCGAUACUGUUUAGCAGCGACAUAGUACAAAGAACGACACGUCGUUAUGAAGAUGAACGAAGUCGUUACGAAGCGAAAUUCAUUCGCGGAUGCUUCAGAGAGAGAGAGAGAGAGAGAGAUAGAGAAAGAGACAAAUAGAUAGAAAGAAAUUUCUUCCACAGAGUCGCUACAAAUGUGUAUGAAAAGAGAGAGGAAAAAAAACGUUGUCUUCGUGUUAAUUAAGUUAACGACGCUCGCGAGUUGUCACGCUUACUCGAGAAACUUCAAUUGACGUUUGCUUACGAAAAAACGGGUGAUUCUGGCCGUUUUCAAAAGACCCCUGAAGAGUCCCUUCGGAACGAUAUAGAUCUUACAGAAUUUAUUUUUUACUUCGACUUCCACUUCCCGCGCUGGUCAUAUAAUGCAGCAAAUGUAAUGGAUGAAUCGUAAAAAAAAAAAAAACAAACAAACGUCAUAACACUUUAAGCGCUAGCUAGUCUGAUUUCGCAUCGAUCGAUCGGUGCGAGUCUUAUUUUUGUUGGUCUUCUAUUGGCCUAUUCCCCCCGUAGCUUUAAGGGCUGGUAGAGUGUAAAAGAAAAAAAACGAGAAUAAAGUUGUAACUUGCUAGUUAUUGUUCCUUA